AUGUCGCACAUUGGCCUUGGCAUGCGGUUGCUCGCGCGAUGGGAUACGGCGCGGUUCCCGUGGUCGGCGAUGGCCCAGCGGCUGCUACCGGGACUGGCAGCGAACGACGCAGCGACCUUCAAGCCACUUCAGCAGGCCGCCGUGAACCUUGCGCAGCGGGGCUUUAGUCUGUUCCUGCACCUGCCAACCGGCGCGGGCAAGAGCCUCUGCUUCCAACUGCCCGCGCUGCUGCCUGCCGCGAACCGAGUCACGGUCGUCGUGUCGCCGUUGCGGUCGCUCUUGCAAGACCAGCAAGUCACAUUGGCGCGCCUCCAGCUCUCGGACCGUGCCUGCUUUCUCUCGCCCAAGAACGUGCCGACGGCGCUCGCGCCCGAGACGCGCUUCUUGUACACGACGCCCGAGAUGCUACUCACCAACCCACGAGCCAACGCCCUUGUAUUGCGCCUGCUGCACGAAGAUCGUCUCGCGCGCAUCGUCAUUGACGAAGCCCACUGCAUUGUCGAGUGGGGCAGCACGUUCCGGCCCGCGUACAUGGAUUUGGCUCGGUUGUACCGAACGCAUCUGCCGCAGAUCCCGCUGACGUUUCUCACGGCCACCGCAUCCAGCGAGCUCAUUGACGCCACCGCGCGCAUCUUCCAUGUCGCGCCGACGCCGCUGCCAGCACUAAACGCGCCACCGUCGCCGACCUCGAUGGUCCUCCUGCAGCACUUGACCGACCGGGUGAAUUUGACGCUCCACGUCGUGCCCAAGCCAUCCCCCGCACCGCUUCUCGCACUCGACAUCCUCCGCCGCGUGCGCCACGAGCCAAGCAUCGUGUACGUGCUGUCGCAAAAGGACGCGGAAGCGGUCGCCAAGUCGCUCGUCUCCGUCGGCGCGCGGGCACAGCCGUACCACGCCGGCAUGUCGGACGCCGCACGGAAGAGCGUCCAGUACCAGUGGACGAGCGGGAAGAUCUCGAUCAUCUGUGCCACUGUCGCGUUCGGGAUGGGCAUUGAUCGGUCCGAUGUUCGGCACGUGGUGCACCACGCGCUGCCGCUGUCGCUGGCGUCGUACAUGCAGCAGAUUGGCCGUGCAGGCCGCGACGGCGCGCCGGCCGUCUGUACGCUCUACUACGACCCGAAAGACGCUUCGCGCGCCGCCUAUAUUGCGAGCGGCGACGGGUUCGUGGACGCAAGCACGUCGCACGGUCUACGUGACGUCAUCGAGUUCAUCGAGGAAAGCGGCUGUCGGCGCCAAGUGCUCUACGCCCACUUUGGUCACACACUGGACGAAGCGUGCUGUCAAAACUGCAACUGCGGCGUCUCGGUCGAGCUGCCACAAGAAGCGCACGAGACCGAUCGUCGACGCGGCGCCGCAUUUCGGUCGAGUGACGCCGCGCGGCAAGGCGCGUACGACCUUGAGCGCCUCUACCACACGCUGCACCAGACGCUCCAGCGACGUCCUGGCUACCGCAAAGCCAACGUCCUCUCGCGCAAGACGAUUCAGAGUCUUUUGGACCUCCAACCCGAGUGCGCGGACGAUCUGCAGCUCGUGCGCGGUCUCAACGACGCACAGAAAGCGUUUGUUGCCGAGCAUCUGCAUUUAUUCCAGACGACGCGAGGGCGAGCGUAG